AUGCAAAAUCAUCAUCUUAUUGUGUAUGAGAGUAGAAAACUGAAAGACAAUGAGAAAUUAUACUCUACCUAUGAUAAAGAAAUGUUGACUAUUAUGCAUGCUCUCUCAAAAUUCAGACAGUACUUAGUGGGGAGGAAAUUCAUUGUUAGAACUGAUCAUAACAGUCUUAAAUACUUUUUAAGACAAAAAGAUCUUAAUGAGAGGCAGCAAAAAUGGGUCAGUAAGAUCCAAGCAUAUGAUUUUGACCUUAAAUAUGUCAAGGGGAAAAAUAAUGUAGCCGCUGAUGCACUAUCUAGAAAGCCAUCCAUUGCUGCCCUUUGUUCUUUGAGUGAGAUUUCAGCUGAUUGGAAAUGUCAACUUUUAGUAGAGUAUUCCAAAAAUCAGCAUGCAUGUGAAAUUAUGGAUGGGAUCGUCCAAGAUGACAAGUACACAAUUGUAGAUGAUGUGAUUUACUACAAGGGAAGAAUUUAUUUAGUUCCAGAAUCCAAACUGAAAAAUCAGAUUUUACAUGCUUUUCAUGACACUCCUGUAGCGGGACAUCAAGGGUAUGCCUUUACCCAUUAUGGAGCAAAAAUGGACCAGAAUUUCAAUAGAUUUUAUCACGGGUCUUCCCAAGGUGCAAGGGAAAGAUUGCAUGAGGAUCUUCCCGUGCUUCAGAUGCAGGAGCAGCAUCCGGCUACACAGCAGCUGCAAGAUCAGCUAAUGGAGACAGAGAUUGAUUGUGUAGUGUCUAUUGGACUAUAUGACAUGAUGUACAUGCCCGUGAUUCGGAUGAAUCAUGGACUAGUGACUGCAUUAGUGGAGCGGUGGCACAGUGAUACCUGCAUAUUCCAUUUAUCGAUGGGAGAGAUGACCAUUACACUGGAGGAUGUGUGGAGGAUUUUGCACAUUCCUAUCCGAGGGGAUCUGGUGAUUGAGCACAUGGUGACAGAUGGGACCCGCUAUGUAUGGGGGCCAUCUGUGCUAUCACACCUAUACAGGGAGCUUCAUGAGGACAUCCUACUAUGUUCAGAGAUAGGUACCCGACAGAGUGAUGAGGCAGUUCAGUCGGAGGCAGGGAUGGCCGAGUGGAUCAAGGGAGUAUGCACGGGAGGUACAGGAGAGAUUCCAGUGGGGGCCAGUGUUAUCACUCGACUUACAUCCGUCGAGGCACGAGUGGAGGAUUGUGAGGCAGAGAUUGCAGCUAGAGAUGUUCAGCUAUUUGCAUGGGAGUCAGAGUUGACUAUAGUGCUGCGAGAUAGAUAUGAUGCAGUGGAGAGAUUGAGGGAGCUGCAGGAUAGAGGAUGA